UUUACGACGUUUCCGAAAUGAAAUCUUGUUCUAAUUUGGUUUUUGGGCCGACCGGAGCAUCUACCUUGACGAUUUUAGUAUAAAAAGAUGCAGUGCCUUGAUUUUUGUAUCAGUAUUCACAUCAGCAUUCUGGUAGAAUCAUCGACAUGUCUUUCAAAGUAUUCGCCCUAGUCGCCUUGAUGGCUGUAGCUAACGCUGCUGUGGUUCCUAAUGUCCACCUCAUCUCCGAAGAAGCCCCAGCCCAUUACAACUUUGGAUACACCGUUAACGACCCAUCGACUGGCGACAACAAGCACCAGGAGGAGACACGCAACGGUGAUGCCGUCCAAGGAAGCUACUCCUUGGUCGAAGCUGACGGUACCAGACGUAUUGUUGAAUACACUGCUGAUGAUGUUAACGGAUUCAACGCUGUAGUGCACAAAGAACCAGCUGUAGCUGCCCCUGCUGCCCACCAUGUAAUCGCCACACCUGCUGUGCACCACGUUGCUACCGCUCCAGUUGCACACCAUGUCGUAGCUACCCCAGUCGCCCACCAUGUUGCUACCGCACCCCUUGUUUCCGCUAGAGUAGCCACUCUUCCAUCAGUUACCAGCUACUCCGGAUUGUACUCCCCAUUCCACUCCUACAACCACCCUGUAUACACCCCAUACCACCACGUCAACAACUACGUAUUCUAAGAUGUGUGUUUUGACUCGUUGUUAAUUUUGGCUGAUGAUGUUUUCGUGUGUACAGUUAAUAAAUGAAGUUGAUUUUAUUACAAAA